AUGGAGUUCCAUGACUGGAUCAAAUGGAAUAUUAGAUACUCAGGAAAUGUUGAAGUGGCGGACUGGACGGAAUUCUUCACUGCCGCCUGUUGGCUUAUAUGGAAGCGACGGAAUGUUCGUAUUUUUGAAGGGAGGAUUAUCUCAUUUCAGAGCAUUAGUGCCCGAGUCUCGGCUAUUCUUCAAAGUAUGAAGAAAGUUUCAAGUCAUGGAAGAAAAUUGAAUUGGGAUGGACAACAACCCCGGUGUGGACCGAAUACUUGGAAACCUCCUCCCAGGAAUUGGUUUAUGCUAAGUGUCGAUGGAUCUUUCUUGCCAGAUUCUCAACGUGGAGGUUGUGGCAGAGUUAUAAGAGACUUUGAAGGAAGGUUUGUGAGUGGGUUCACUCUCAGACCAGUAGGGAACGACAGCUUAACCACGGAGCUGUGGGCCAUUUUAAUGGUGCUUAAGCAUGCUUGGGAUACUGGUUUACGACAGAUCAUGGUGGCAUCGGACUCUCUGGAAGCAGUGAUCUUGGUCAAGGAAGGCAAUAUUAACGUUCAUCAAUACAGAGUUCUUGUUGAAGAAAUUCGUUUGAUGAUGCAGCGUCAGUCGAAUAUCUCGUUGAUGCAUGUUAGCAGAGACGCUAAUCACGUUGCUGACUUUCUUGCCCGUAAAGCUCCUAAUAAUUGGCCUGGUUUUUCUGUAAUUAGUAGCCUCAGGAGUUUGUUCCUUUGCUGA